AUGAAUAGGCCAGGGGCAGUGCCACAGACACUCCGCGGGAUGCCUGGUGGAUUUGGAGGUCAACAACAACCUCAACAGCCAGGACGAGCAGGAACGAAUCGAUUGCCGAACGGAAAACUAGGAAACAACAAUUCUGGUUGGGCUUUCGGAGGGGUUCCAAUGGCAGGAGCAGGUCCCCAGAAUGCGGGACGUCAACUCGGCGGGAACGUGAGCUUUGCGCAAAGUUUGACAGGCUCCCAACCGUCAACAUCUCUUGACUUAUCCGAAUUCCCAUCAUUAUCGAACAACGCCCAAAUGUCCAACGCCAACCAGUCAUCUAUGUGGUCGACUGCUGGAUCGCGAAACUUGGGCGGGCCCAUCCAACGAAACCAAGCUACUCCCCAGCAAGGCGGCCAGGAUGACAUGUUCAGUCCCACCUCAUCAAGAGUGCCAGGCGGAUUCAGGUUCGGUAACCAAGGCAACAUUGGACAACAACCUCAACCCAGCAGCGUUGACGACUUCCCACCACUCAACCAAACCUCGAAUGGCGAGCUGGGAUCAGAUAGGACGGCGAGCCUUAUGUCUUCUCUAGGUUUUGGAUCUCAAGCCGGCCCUGGGCCUUCAACAAGCAAUAGGGGGAAUGGUCUUUUGAAUGCAUUGUCGGCUAACAGUCGGGCCAAUGAAGUGAGGUCACCGCCUGGUAUUGGAGCUCCUGGCUCGUCAAGGCCACAAGAUGGUAAACCUCCUGGUUUAGAAGAAGACCCUCGGCAAAAGUCGGCUAGAGAGGACGGUCCUACUGAUGCUGCUUCUCCUGCUGCAGCAUUCAACAACAAUCCUACAUCUCUGAAGGCGAAAGACGGUCAAGAACCCCAUGGCUCCGAGAUCAUUGACCCUCUGGCUGGUAUGCCUGCAGUGGACAAGUGGGGGAUCAAGGGCUUGCAGACGUUAAUGCAUAACUACCCCGACUACCACGCCAUGGUCGUCGGUAUGGACCCUUCUUCGUUGGGACUUGACAUAAGUUCUCCAGAGUUGUUUUCUACACAAAACUACUCUCUUUUCGACGACUCACCUCCCCGGGUACCGCUUGCUAAUGGCAAAUUUCGAUUGCCGGAUUGUUACAAUGUGACAAAUGUGCAAACCAUCGACAGCAAAAUUGCCAGCUUCAACGAAGAGACUCUAUUUUGGAUCUUUUACAGUUGCACAGCGGAUAUAAAGCAGCAAAUGGCCGCGGUCGAGCUACAUUCGAGAAACUGGAGAUGGCACAGAAAAAUGGAAAUCUGGCUGACCAAAGAUGAGCACAUGACACCCCAAAUACUGAGCCCUAACCACGAGCGAGGUUUCUACAUAGUCUGGGACCCGAACAACUGGCGAAAGGAUCGUAAAGAGUUCACGCUGCACUAUGGCGACCUAGAUACAACAUUGACCCAGGCGUAA